UGAAACAGCGCACCAUUUGCGAAAACUCCUUAUGUUACGCGCUCAGAGUCGCGUGUGGAAUCUUUAACAUCAUCGUUUAUUUGGCGUUAUAGUCGACAAGUAGGUAUCCCUAUUGUCCUGCAUUUCCUACACUUGUUGUGAAAACUCUAUCCCUUUCCCCUCUGUGAGUGCCAUUAGACUAAGAUCUACAAAAUCUCCACGACACCCUAUCUUUGGAUAAUCCGUCACUUUUCAUUCCCAUAUUUAUAUAAAUACAACCACAUUCACUAUGUUUUUCUCCGUCUCCGUUUCCGCCAUCUCUAACGGCAGCAAUGAACGGAGACGCUCGUAAUGGUUCUUCCCCUACCCUCAGCAAUAGACGUAGCAUUAACGGAAAAUAUAACGGCAAGGAGAAAAUUGAGCAGAACGGUAAGAUUAGAGAAAUGAAGAAGAAAUCGUCGUCCGAUUUGGGUGGUUAUAAUGGGUGGCUAGGUAAUGCGUAUUUCAUGAAGUGGAGGGUGGAGGAUGUAUUCGGUGUGGUGAAGUACCACCCGAUACCGUGUGUCUUUGCUGCUUCGCUGUUGUUUUUCAUGGGAGUGGAAUACACUCUUCGUAUGGUCCCAUCUACUUCUCCACCGUUUGAUCUGGGAUUCAUUGUUACGAUUCCUCUCAAUCGUUUGCUUGCAGCCAAACCCGCUCUCAACACUAUUUUUGCUGGAUUAAACACGGUGUUCGUGGCGAUGCAAACGGCGUACAUUUUGGGGACUUUUCUAAUAGAAGGGCGGCCGAGAGCGACAAUUUCGGCGCUGUUCAUGUUUACGUUCAGAGGCAUUCUUGGGUAUGCUACACAGCUGCCAUUGCCUGAGGAUUUCUUGGGGUCGGGCGUUGAUUUUCCAGUCGGGAAUGUGUCGUUUUUCUUGUUUUAUUCCGGACAUGUUGCGGCCUCCGUGAUUGCUUCGCUGGAUAUGAAACGCAUGCAGAGAUGGGAAUUGGCUCGAGCAUUUGACACCUUGAAUGUAUUGCAAGUGGUGAGGUUGCUAAGCACUAGAGGUCAUUACACUAUUGAUUUGGCAGUUGGCAUUGGCGCUGGGAUUUUGUUUGAUUCUAUGGCCGGAAAGUAUGUGGAGACUAGGACAAAGGAUAUUGCUGCAAAUGGUACUAAUGGCACUACUUAUGGUGCUUUUCACGCCACCUCCCCUAAGCACGAGAAUGGUGGGGUCAAAUAUCAAAGUGUAUCUUCAAAUUAAAAUGUGUCCAUUCAAAUUUGGGGUGGAUUUUAUCUUGAUAUGUAGAGAUAACUUUGGCUUAGUCAAUUUGUAGGGUCUUAAUGCACUUCUAUUCCAAUUAGGUUCUUUGACUGCAGAUUACAUUUCACGCCCACCCAAAAAGGAAAACCAACAACAACUCUCCAUGCUUUUCUUGUUUUUGUUUUGAUAAGGUUAGCAGCUUGAUGUGAAUGGUAGUAAUGGCAGUAAUGGUAUUUUCA